CCCUCCGGGGCUCUAGCGGCAGAGAGUCGGCGGCAGGAUGCAGCUCAGCGGUCUGCUCCCAGCCUGUGCCCGGGUAAUAAGGCGCAGAGCCCUGGCCAGGAGCCUCAGCCUCCGUGCGCGGCCUGCCCUGGAGCUCAAAGGCAUUUACCCUCCGAUAUCCACCCCCUUCACUGCCGGAGAGGAGAUAGACUAUGCCGGCCUGGAGGAGAACCUGCGGAGGUUCGGAGAGAUCCCCUUCCGCGGCUUUGUUGUGCAGGGAUCCACCGGCGAGUAUGCGUACCUGACCAAGGACGAGAGGCUGGAGAUUGUCCGCAGGGUUCGGAAGACAGUGCCAAAGGACAAGCUUGUUUUGGCGGGCUCAGGAUGUGAAUCGACCCAGGCCACGAUUGAGAUGACAGAAGAAAUGGCUAAGUGUGGAGCGGACGCGGUGCUCGUGGUGACCCCGUGUUACUACCGAGGCAGGAUGACCAGCAGCGCUCUCGUUCAGCAUUACCGUAAGGUAGCAGAUUCUUCUCCUGUUCCAGUUGUUCUAUACAGCGUCCCUGGAAACACGGGUCUGGAUCUACCAGUGGAUGCUAUCGUUACACUGUCUCAGCACCCUAACAUCAUUGGCAUCAAGGAUAGUGGAGGAGACGUCACUCGUAUCGGUCUUAUUAGUCAUAAAACCCAAAAUUCUGGGUUCCAGGUAUUGUGUGGAUCUGCCGGCUUUCUGCUGCCCGGAUACUCUGUAGGUGCCGUUGGAGGUAUUUGCGCUCUUGGGAACAUCCUUGGUGCCCAGUUGUGUGAAUUGGAAAGGCUGUGUCUGAAUUCUCAGUGGAAAGAAGCCAAGGAAUUGCAGCACCGACUCAUAGAACCAAACGCUGCUGUGACGCGCAAGUUUGGGAUACCCGGUGUGAAGCAAGCCAUGGAGUGGUUUGGUUAUCACGGAGGGUUUUGCCGUUCUCCGCUUCUCCCUCUCACAGAACCAGAGAUAAAGGAACUAAGAAGAGACUUUACGGCAAAUGGCUGGCUUUAAACGGUGCCCAUAAAUGAAGGGUUCAAAAGUGCCUUUUUUUAAUGAAGUGCCUUUUCUCAUCUAAAUAUCGGAGUACGGAGUAUGCAUGCGAUUCUGGCCAACAUGUAUUACACAAAAAAGUAUAACAGAAAUAAAUGCUGUUCAUGACUUUACAUGGUAAAUAGAAAAGCCCUAAAAAAAUAAAAUGUUCAUUGGAAAAAAAAACCCAAUAAAAAGUAUUCUGUCAUGAUGGUGAAACAA